AGCCAUCAUGUGAACCGCUUUGAAUGCAGCCAGUGGAGAAGUUGGCGGAAAGAGAAAUCUUUAUUUGCACCAAGAUUUGCCGUUCCUGGAAAAAAAAAGAGAAGAUACUUAUUUGAGGAUAACAAUAAACAUAUUUGAUGGAAAUCUGCCGCCAAUGGUUUAGAAAAACAGCUUGGUCCAAGGAUCAUCACUUUGAGUAGCAGCACUUUCAAAUGCAUAAUGUUUCCCGUAUAAAGCCCCUCCAAGUUCUCUCCACCCCGACCCGGCAACUGAAAAACAAAGUCCCGGAAUAUCAGAAGCUUUUCCAGGAGGACAAUGGUCUGCCAGUGCAUCUCAAAGGAGGGACCACAGACGUCCUGCUGUAUCGCUUUACCAUGUCGCUAAGCCUCUUUGGUGUUGCUUAUACUCUCUACGAACUACUCAAGGCUGCCAGACCCAAGAAGAAUAAGUGAAGAUGAAGCAGGAAAAGAGGGGUAAUUUUGAAUAUGGACACCCCUCUUCCGCACUGGGUUUAUUUCCCUUUUUGGAGGUUUGCAACAAAAGAGAAGAACAGAAGGAUUCGCUCUGGGGAGAGGGAAAUUAAUCUUGGGAUGUAGGCAGCCUUCCUUCCUUUGAGUCCACAUGAAUGUAGUGUUCGAAGAUGCAAAAUAAACCAUCAAAAGAAAAAAAAAUAA